AUGUCCGACAUAGUUAAGGAUGCUUGGAAGAAAUAUCUCUUGCAGCUUCAGCUUCAUCCUUUACGAACCAAGGCAAUUACUGCAUCAGUUCUAGCAGGUUUCAGUGAUGCUGUAGCACAGAAAAUUUCUGGAGCUAAGAAGCUUCAACUCAGAAGGGUUCUUCUUUUCAUGCUUUAUGGUUUUGCUUAUUCUGGACCCUUUGGACAUUUUCUUCAUAAAUUGAUGGAUACACUUUUCAAGGGGAAGAAGGGCAAUGAAACCGUUGCUAAGAAGGUGAUUCUUGAACAAAUAACUAGUUCUCCAUGGAACAACUUUUUCUUCAUGAUGUAUUAUGGCUUGGUCAUAGAAGGAAGACCUUGGAAUCUAGUAAUGAACAAAGUAAAAAACGACUAUCCUUCUGUCCAGUUAACCGCAUGGAAGUUUUGGCCUGUCGUUGGUUGGGUGAAUUACCAGUAUAUGCCUUUGCAGUUUCGUGUUUUAUUUCACAGCUUUGUUGCUUCAUGCUGGGGGAUAUUUCUGAAUCUGAAAGCAAGGUCUGUAGCUAUCAAGAAGACCUAG